GAUGCGAAGGAACAGAAGCCGCUCAAGGAGCAGCCAGCGCAGCCGACGCGGCCGCAGGCAGAAGCAGGAGGCUGCGGUCAGACAAGCGGCAUCAUCGAUCAUGGGAGGAGGAACGGCAGCCGAGAUGUGGAGCAACACGCACAGAAGGCUCUUCCAGUGGCACCACAUGCAGGUGCAGCGUCUGUGCCAAGGACAAUAUCUGCAGCAGGAGGAGCGCGAGCAGUGCCUGGAGGAGAGCUCCACCUCCGAAGCCGAAGAGGAGGCGGCGACGGCAGCUGCGGCGACAACCAUCGACGAGGAAUACUUGCAGUUCCUGGCAGUGACACUCAGGCAUCAACAGGAGCUGAAGCAACGACGUGCUGCCGCAUCGAUAUCCACACCAGACUCAACCUUAGAUUAAGUUUAGGCUAAGAUUUUGUAUCUUUUUUACGCGAGUAGUAAACGUUGCCCCACGACCGCACAAAGAAAGCCGCCUUGGGAUGUCUGACUUUUGCGUUCGUCGUCGGAGGCACAACUGUA